AUGGCUGCAGCCAACAAGGGCAACAAGCCCAGAGUCCGGAGUAUCCGCUUCUCAGCAGGCCACGAUGCAGAAGGCUCCCAUAGCCACGUCCACUUUGAUGAGAAGCUGCACGAUUCGGUGGUCAUGGUCACGCAGGAGAGUGACAGCAGCUUCCUUGUCAAGGUUGGCUUCCUGAAGAUCCUGCACAAGUAUGAGAUUACCUUCACGCUGCCGGCGGUGCGAAGGCUGAGCAAAGAUGUCCGGGAGGCACCUGUCCACAGUCUGCACCUCAAACUCCUCAGCGUCUUGCCCGUCCCAGAAGGUUAUAACAUCAAGUGUGAGUAUUCGGCGCACAAGGAGGGUGUUCUCAAGGAGGAGAUGCUGCUCGCCUGCGAGGGGGGUGCCGGUGCCUGCGUGCGUGUGACGGUGCAGGCACGCGUCAUGGACCGGCACCACGGCACACCCAUGCUGCUGGACGGGGUCAAGUGUGUGGGUGCUGAGCUGGAGUAUGACUCGGAGCACAGCGACUGGCAUGGCUUCGACUGA